AUGGCUGCCUCACCGGCCGCCUCGUCCCGCCCCAGCGCGGCAUCAUCGUCGUCGUCGACCUCGUUGCGGCGCUCCGAUGGCAACCAUCAUCAUCUGGCCAAGGAGCCAUCAAUAUCCAUCGACACCCUCGUCAACCAUCUGCUCGUAGCGAAACGGUCCCUCUCGUCGAUGAACCUCGUCCUGCGCGCCAAUGAGCUCGCCACCUCUGCACGCACCUCGCACGAGGAGGGCGUCAUCCUCGAGGCCCAGGCCGGCUUCCUCCGCAGCUCCAUCGUCGAUCAGAUUGCUAUACUCGUGCGCGUGCGUCGGAGUCUACAUGCCACAUAUGACUGGGGCAAGAGGGAUUUCAAGAAGCUGAUUCGCGCCAUGGACGAGGUAGACGGCCAGCUGGGCGCUACAAUGGACAUGUUGAGCCACACAGACGUGCAGCAGGAGCUGCGCCCAGUCGGCGAGGAGAAGCGCAGCUUGCUUGACUUUGUGGACGAAACGAGCGUCCAUGGCAUGCGGGAGGCGAUGAAGAAGAGUAUAGAGGAGCUACAGGGCAUCCAACAGUCAUUUGACGGAGACCUUUUACGCUUUGAAACGGAUAUUCGCAAUCUCAAGAAGGUCGUCAGCGAUGCGAACCAACCGACCGACGAGGACCGAGACGCACCAGCCACUCCAAUGCUCAUCCUACUGGAGAGCAUGGAUGAGCAGUCGUCCACCAUGGCCCAUUUGCUCACGUCACUGACCAAGCACUUUGACAUGUGCGUUACGGCCAUCCGCACCACCGAGGGAGCGGCAGCCCUCGCCCGCCGCAAGGCCGCCGAGGUGACACAGUCCCAGGGCAGUGACGGCGUUUCAAUAUCGGGCGUCAUUGCGGAGCAAGAAUCGCACAUGUCCGAUCUCGAGCCCAAGACGGCCGAGGACCGCGCCGAGAUGCUCAAGGUCGUCAUACAGGAUGCCGGGGAGGUCGACGAUGUGGUACAAGAGAUACAAGAGAGUCUCGCCGCAAUAGAGCAACAGCACGACGCCCUCCAACAGCAGGCCGACGACAUAAGCCGGACAUAUCUAGGCAUGCUGGCCGCGUACGCCGCGCUCGGAGACAUUGGCGACCGGCUGGCCGACUACCUCGCCGCCGAAGAGGACUUUCGCACCCGCUGGGAGCUGGAAAAGGAGGUCGUCUUCGGACGUCUGCACGAGAUGAAGGAGAUGCGUGACUUCUACGAGGGGUACGCUAGCGCAUACGGCAGCCUGGUUCUGGAGGUGGAGAGGCGGCGCGCCGUGGAGAAGCAGGUCGAGACGCACUGGCGCAAGGCCCAGGAGAGCGUGGACAGGCUGCUCGAGGCGGACCGCACCGCUCGGGACGCAUUCCGCGCCGAGGUGGGCGAGUUCCUGCCGACAGAUCUGUGGGCGGGCAUGCAAGCGCCAGUGACGCGGUGGAAAGCCGUCCGCCUGGAGGAGGGGUCCGGCGAAGGGGACGAAGCUGGUGGGAGCCUGGCCACCAGCAUGACGGAGAGAGUUGGCCGGUAG